AUGAAAUUUCUUACUGUCCUCCUAGCAGUCGCUGCGCAGCUGCCGGCGCUAGCCUGGGCCGGAAGUGCUGCUGAAUGGAAGUCUCGCAAUAUCUAUUUUGCUUUGACUGACCGCAUUGCUCGCUCUUCUGAUGACCAAGGUGGAAGCUCUUGUGGAAACCUUGGCAAUUACUGUGGUGGAACCUGGAAGGGAUUGGAAGGCAAGCUUGACUACAUCAAGGGCAUGGGCUUCAAUGCCAUAUGGAUUACCCCCGUUGUCACCAACUCGGACGGCGGCUACCACGGAUACUGGGCUACUGACUUAUAUGGGACAAACGAUCACUAUGGCUCUGCCCAGGACCUCAAGGAUCUCGUGUCUGCUGCACACAGUAAGUACCUAUUUGUGACCAUGUUCUAUUGCACUCAUGCUUACCUGUAUCUCAAGGGAAUCUGGGUCAUGGUUGACGUCGUGGCCAACCACAUGGCCAGUGGCGACAUCUCCUCUUAUAGUCCAGAUCCUCUGAACCAGAACUGGGCAUAUAAUAGUCAAUGUGAGAUCAACUAUGGCAGCCAGGCCUCGGUUGAAUCUUGCUGGAUCGCUGGUCUGCCAGAUAUCAACACUAAAGAUGAAACUGUCCGCAACAUGCUUCAGAACUGGAUCAACUGGCUCGUGCAGGAGUACGGAUUCGAUGGCGUUCGUGUUGAUACGGUUAAGCAUGUUGAAAAAGAUUUCUGGCCCCCUUUUGCCAGCGCAGCUGGUGUCUAUACCAUAGGGGAGGUUUGGGACGGUGGCAUCGAUUUUCUAUCUGGAUAUGACAAUUUGCUCGGCGGCCUACUUAACUAUGCUGUCUACUACCCUAUGAACAGGUUUUACAUGCAGCAGGGUUCCUCGCAGGACCUUGUCGAUAUGAUCAACACAGUUGGCAGCCGUUUUUCUGACCCGACGACUCUCGGAUCCUUCCUUGACAAUCACGACAACAACCGUUGGCUAAAUCAGAAGAGUGAUACCUCCCUCUUCCAAAAUGCCCUGGCAUUCGUCAUCCUGGCACGUGGGAUCCCAAUCAUCUACUAUGGUUCUGAACAAGGUUAUGAUGGAGGCUCUGAUCCUGCCAACCGCGAGGACCUUUGGCGCAGUGGCUUCAACACCGACACAAACUUGUACAAAGCAAUUGCUACUCUGUCGGAGGUCCGGGCUGAAGCUGGUGGACUCCCAAACAACGAUCAUGUCCACCUGAGCGUCGACGACACCUCCUAUGCCUGGUGCCGUAACAACUGCGACGUUGUCGUCAUGACGGUGAACAGCGGCUCGGGUAGCAGUGGCCAGCGCUGCUUCAACACACAGCGCUCCAACGGCUAUUACAACGUCAGGUUUGGUGGCUCAGGAUAUCUCACAUCCGACGCCAAUGGAUGGCUCUGCGUCAACAUUUCCAACGGCCUCCCCGUCGUUCUGACCGCACGAACGUAA